AUGAGUAAUUAUACACUAAUUUUUAGUUUACAAUACACAAGAAAAAAGACAGACUAUUUCUACUUUUACUUUACCAAAGGAAAAAAUAAAAAUAUUGUUGCAUUUAGAUUAACCUAAUCAGAGGAAAUAAAAAUGCUAGAAGCAAUCAAACUACUUAAAGGUUAAUCUUCAUUUUCUGUAAAGAGUUAGGUUGUUGGAUAAUUAGAUUCACCAAAAAAUUAAACUAAUAAGGUAGUAGCUAAUAAUAAAUUUUCAGCAAGAAAUAUAUUUGUAAAUGCAAGACUAAAAAUAAGAGUGGCUAAGCUGCUUAGUGCUCUAGCUACACGAAGAUUCAAUAACUUUACACCUUAUUUAUUUUAAAAAAUUAAUGAUAAAGCAUUUUAUAACACUCAUACAAAUAAAGUACAGGAAUUAAUAAAAAUCUAAGUAGAAGAUGAAUAUUAAUCAAACCUUCUGCACAAACAACUAUUAGCAAACAGAAGAAACUCUAAGUUGAGUAAAGAUAAGCAUUUUUGCUCUUAUCUAAUUUAGCGCAUAUAGUUCAUCUUGGAAAAUAUUCCUAUAAUUAAUCCAAACUCUCUGCCUAAAUUGCUUUGGGAUUCUCUUUUAAGUUUUGUAAUUGUUGUGAUGUUGACAGUGGUUCCAGUUAAAUUGGCAGUUUAAGAUUAUUUUCUAUCCUACUACUUAGGAACAGAGCUUGUUUUAAUACUUAUUAUAAUUCUAACCAUUAUUGAUAUUAUAAUAAAUUUAAAUACCGCUUUUUUUAGAAAUGGAAAAAUUGUAGUUAAAAGGUCAUAAAUUGUAGUGAAUUAUUUAAAUUAAGUAGGAAUAUAUGAUUUUUUGAUAAUGUAAGCUCUUGUAUAUGAAUUAGGAUAAUCUUACUCAAACAAUGCUGUGAUAAGUCUAUCAUAGGACCUGAAAAAGAACUGGUUUUAUCAAGCUUAAUAAAUUCUCCUUUUACUCUUAUUUUAUGUGAAAUCAUAAAAGUUAAAUAAAUUCUUCUACAAAGUAGAAGAGAUGCUGAGCUUUAAAAGAAGAACGACGAACUUUCUUUCAUUAGUAAAGCUUUUAUUCUUUAUUUUAAAAGUAGGACACAUUUUUGCAUGCUUAUGGCUUUUUGUGGGGAGAGAAGACAAAGAUAAUUCUUGGCUGAAAAAUUUAUCAGAUGAUUGGAAAGAAUAAUAUAUAAAAUCUUUCUAUUUUAUUGCAGUUACAAUGACUACUAUCGGAUACGGAGACAUUGUUCCAACUAAUUUGACUGAAACUAUCAUAAGCAUAUUCAGUAUGAUCAUUGCAGCUGGUGUUUUUGGCUAUACUAUAAAUAGCAUAGGUACUAUAUUUUUAUAAUUAAAAAAAGAAGAUGAGCAAAUCCAAGAAAAUCUUUUUACUAUUAACCGUUACAUGAGCGAAAAAAAUAUUACUAGAGAAUUGUAGCAAUCUAUUCGUGAAUAUUUAGAAUAUUAUUGGAGUUAAUGGAAAGAUGACAACUCCUAAGAGGAGUAAAAAAUAAUUUAAUAACUUUCAGAAGAGAUGAAAAUGUCUUUAUUAAUGCAGGCAAAUAAAAUCAUAUUAAAUGAUUGCUAAUUCUUACAGAAAAAUUUUACUUAGGAAGCUCUAUAAAAUUGUGUCAAAUUAAUCAAAGAAAAAAAACUCACACCAAACGAGUUUUUAAUAAAUUCAAUGGAAGAUAACAGUAAGAAUGGUAUUUUAUUUUUUGUAGAGAGAGGAGAAAUAGAUAUUUAUUAGGAGUUCUCACUCACCUAAAUUUCAACAUUAAAUUAAAGUGAUUAACCAUUUACGAAUCCAUUAUAGAAUAUUUCAAACUAUUUAAAUAUAAGUUAAAAUUUACAAGGUUAAAUGUCACAGCAAUAACAACAAGUAAAAAUGCAAAAUGAAUAAAGUAACUUAAUAAUUAAUGAGACAUCACACUCAGAAAGUAACAAGGCAAAGAUGCAUGUUUGCACUAUAAAAAAAGGAUAAUACUUUGGAGAGAAUUCAUUUUUUACUAAUUUUAAUAACAGGUUUAUAGCUAAAUCUAGAGGGUUUUCAAAAGUUCUCUAUAUCGAGAGAGAUUAAUUUAUAGAGUAUCUUAAAGCUAACCAUUUUAAUGAUGACUAUGAAAAAUUUUGCCAUCUAAGAGAUAGCAUAAUUUAAAAUGACUUAUAAAACUUACAUUAAAAAUGUAGUAUAUGUAAGAAUUUAGAACAUAAUCCUUUGCAGUGUUCUUAUGUUCAUCACCAACCUUUAAAACUAAUUGUACUAAAAAGAUACAACUGCAGCAAGGAUAUAAAAAUUAGAGAGAAAUAUAAUAGAAGGAAAGUUAAACAAAAAAACUGUUUGUCACAUCUUGAUGAAAUUUAUGAAUAAUUUGAAAAAUUUAUUCAAAAAAAUGAAAAUUAUAUUGAAGAAAACAUAAAAUUAGUAGAUUAUACAAUCUCAGAUUUAUCAGACGAUUUUGAUGAAAGUGAACAAAGCAGUAGCAAUUAAGAAAGCUAAUCAACAAUUCAAUAAGAAUAAAAUAACUUAAGUAAUUAGUUAAGCUAAUUUUAGUAAUUAUAAAAUGAGAAUAAUAAAGUUGAAGAAGAUUUACAUUCUUUCUAAGAGGUAGAAGCAGAUGACAACACUAGCCUGUUUAAGCAUACUACAUAAACCAAAAAAUUAAAGUAAUAAGAGAAUAAAUUUAGAUGUAACUAGGCGUUACCAAACAAAUUUAAAUAAUCUUAGAGAGCUAAUUAUUUAAGAUCGAGAACAGAUUUAAGAGCAUUAACUAUGAAGGUAGUAGAAAACUAAUCAGAUAGUUCUCAUAGUUCAGAGAAAGAAAGCUAAAAGUAAGUUGAAUAAAAAUCGCAUGAGAACAUUAUAAGUUAAAAAAAAAUAGAGCUUAAGAUAAGCAGUAAUGGAAUUUCUAAAAUAGUAAAUUAAAAUAGUGGAAAAAAUAUAAUUCCUAGCAUAUCUUCUUUUAAAAGGAUUAUGUUUUAAGAUGAAUAACCUAAAAGUUAUGUAAAGUAACUUUCUCAAAAAAACAUUGACAAGCAACCUCAGCAAAGUGCAAACACCUAGCACUAACGUUAAUCCCUCAAUCCAUUUAAUAGAAUGAAAUCGAUAAAAGCUGGCAUAAUUUAAAGAACUGCUUAGAGACAAAGCAACUUUUUAGAAUCUUUGCAUUUCUAAAAUUAAAUUCAGUACGAAACAAAUAACGAGAAUAAAAAGAGCAGUAAUUUACUAGAGAAAAAGUAGAAAGAAGAAAAUAUUUCAUUAAAGAAAUAAAGGAGAGUAUAAAUAUUUACCACUUAAGAUUAUGCUGCAUAAGAUUAUACAAAUUUUCAUUUAUUUUAAUCUGAUUUUGCUUUUGUUUCUUCAUUCGAAGUAAUGAAGAACUACAAAUUCUAUUACCCGAAAUUCAACUCUGAUAAAAUAAUCAGUAAAUUAAGGAGAAAGAGAAUUUAAGGUAAUAAUAUUCUUAAAUUGACACUUCAAGCUAAAUCAAAAAUAAACCAAGUAAGAAGGGAGAGUAUAUUCUAAAUAUUUUAAACUUAAUUAAAUGUCAUAAAAAACAAAAGACUCUCAGAUAAGUUUAGAACUUAGGAGCCCUCAUCUAUUUAAUUAAAUGAAAAAAAUAAUCAAUAAAUCUAAUAAUAUGAAUAAAGUGCCAAAGUAUAAUAAAUUUAAGAAGAACCAAAGGAUACGUUUACUGAUCAUAUAACAGAGAAGAAAUUAAUUGAUAAAGCUGAACCAUUAAAAGUUGAACAAAAAUCUAAUAAUAGUAGCAGCAAAAAUUUCUUUAAAAAUAUUAAAUUAAAUUUAUCUAAGAAACCUUUGUCUCCUCAAUAAACGAUGCUGAUAAACAUAAAAAAGAACUCGAUUUCAGAUGAGAAUAACCUGAAUUUAGAUGAUGAAGAUUUUAAUUUUGAUAAAAGUCUAACUGGAAGUGGGUAUAAUAGAUUAAAAUUAAGUAGGACUCCCUCCAAUUUCACUAAAUUAAAUUUCAUAAAAAAUGACAGCUAAUAAAUAGAUGAUAAUUAAACUGACAUCUAUCAGUCAAAUUUGUGA